CAAAUCCAUUCAGUGCUCGUUACAGCACGAAGGAAGUUGGUGUUGUCGGUGGUACCGUUUAAACGACGAACGAUGCGUUUGAUCCAAUGAUCACGGAUCGAGAGACAUGGUGCCUGGUGGAUGCUGUUUCCGUUCGCGUGUCAGCAGUGUGUGAGAAUAACAUUCCUUUCGAUAAGCGCACGCGUGUGUAUUCGAAUCGGUCGUCUGGUAUUCGUUAGGAAGGUAGCCGAUCGGAGGUGUGUGCGACACGAUUGCUUGCCGUGGGACCAAACGUAUCCGUAUUUCGAGAUACACCUAUCUAACGAGAGUCCAGUCACGAGUCGAGAACAAGUUCCAUGAUUACGAUUCUACAACGAAGCGAAAUAAAGAAAAACAUUUCGAGCAACGGGUUCAAGAAUCGAAGAUAGAGCAGCGAAAUUCCGCGCGUUGAAGGAACCGAACCUCGCGUCAUGAACUCUGUUCACGACGGAAACGACCGGAGACUCGCGAACCAAGAUGAUUUUCGAAUGAACGUAAAGAGCGUGGAAUCCGGUAACCGAUAGAAAGAAAAAUGGUGUACAGAGGGAGUUUGCAGACGGAUGAUCCGCGCGAUGCGCCCCGGCUGGUCAGGAUAUCGCCGCUUCGAACCAGCAGGCCAAACAAUUCUGCGUUGAAUUCGCGGCCGGGGGGUUCCUCUAUUAACAGCCCGGUGUAUCAUGGGCCGUUUGUGUCAGCAAUCGACGUUCAUCGUGCCAAAUUGAUCGAAGAAAGACGCUUGGGCCGUGAAAGGGACAUCGAGUCCGUAGAGAAGGUAAUGAUGAGGACCACUGGUAUGAAGGUCGGUGCGCCCAGGCUACGAAAUAUCAGUCAGAUACGGGACACGGUUUUCGUCGAUUCUACCUUGAUACCGAUGGAGAAAAUCGGCCGAACGGACCGAGAUCGACCGAGAACCAUCGCCAUCGACAGUUCCAGCAAGUCUGGAAGGAUGGCGAGCUCCAUGCUGGCCGAUUUGAAGGAUUUGGAGAGAUUAAGAAACACUCCACCCGCUCGGAGGUGUCCCAGGACCGCGACAAAGACCGAACCAAUGCCUUUGAUAGCAAACAAAAAGGCCGAGCUGUCGAGUUCGGCGAAAAUUCGAUCGGAUAUAUUUAAGAUACAACAGAUGUUUCAAACGUCCGAGAAUUGUCCGCGGACGGUGAUGAAAUGCACCAACGAGAAGAGGAUCGGAAGAAGGAACGAGUCUGAUAAACAAGAGAAAAGAUCGGGAACGGAAACGAACAAAACGAGAUUGCUGGCUCAAAAGCUAUUGGAGGCAUCUCGGAGCAACCGAGAGUCACCGAAGGAUCGUUAUAACAAUCCGAGGAACGUCGUCUCGAACAAACAACCGGCCAAAGAAACGAACAGCACCAAGACGUCGAGCAAAUCAUCGUCGCAAAAAACCAUCCAAGUUCUUCGGGAUCUCGAAGAAUCGGAAAAAGAAAAAAGGCACUUGGAACAAGUACACCCACGUCCUCCGACGCGAAAGAGAAAGGAAUGGAAAAAGAAAUUUAACGGUGACGGGAAUAGUAGAGCUGUUGGCGAUAAUAUGGAAACGAUCAAUGGAAACGAUAGCAUCGAAGAAAACUCGAAAAUUGUUCAACGUGAGGUUGAGACGACGCUCGAUCGGGACUUGUACUCGAAUUCAGGGAGGGCAAGGAACGAUUUCAAGUCAAAAACCAGGGAGCUCGAUAGACCGGAUAUACUAAAUGGGUUGUUGAAGGAGUCUGACAAACAACUGGCCGAUCUGAAAUUCGAUUUCAACCAGAGAGGAAGAUUGAGGAGUCACUGGAGGGGAUUCGUGCAAUCUAUGAGAUUACACGACGUUGAACUUCAUUCCGAUAGCGAGGAUCAGAAAAAAGACUUGAAUCUAUGGAACAAAAGUAUCAGUCAACGAUGGAGAAAACUGAGGAGAAGAUGUUCCGUGCAAGAAACCUCGGAACCACAGGAAGCUUUGAUAGAAAGCGGAACGACUCAGGGAGUAAUUCAAUCGGUUAGAUCCAGCCCGGCUAGCAGAGAGUCAUCCCCGGCUGCGAAGAGUCUUCAAGAUGAUAAUUCGCCGAAGAAACUGUUACAGACUAGCUCCCUGAGGCUGCCGGGCACGAACAAGGGUAUCGCCGACAUUCAACAUGUUCUGCGAAGCAAAUUCAGCAAAAUAAACGCCGGAAUCCGAAAGAGGAAAGCCUUGAGCGUAACGGAGGUGUUUUCGUCGAAAGAUACCGCGUCUAAUUUCUACGUGCCAAGUCCGUUGACCCCGUCGUCCAGUCAGAACUUGGACAACGAGUGCUACGAUUCCAGCGAACCGACGUCUCUUCCGCCUUAUCCGUUCCAUGAGAACCUCGAAACUCUGGUGGAGGGUAGCGUACCGAAUACCCCGAAUUGUACGAGUCCGUUGGCAAACGGCGACAAAAAGACCUUCGCGUACGAUACCUCGAUUCUUAAUCACGAUCCAGGUCAGAAAGACGUCUACGAGAACGUGGUGUACGCGAGCGGAUCGUCGCCGGGCUGUUGCCCGCGAUCCAGGGCCGCGUUGCAGCGUAGUAAUUCCGAGAAUCGUGACACCGGCAGACAUCAUCGCCACCACCACCAUCAGCAUCAGCAUCAGCAUCAGCACCACGAUCAUGAUCACGACCACGACCACGAUCACGACCACGACCACGACCACGACCACGACCACGACCAUUCGUACGAGAACGUGCGUUUUCAACGGGGUUACAGGUCCGAGAUUACAUCGUCCGUCGGCAGUACACAUUCGGACAGACAUUUGGCGCGAAGCAAUUCCGAGACGAGAGAUCAUCAUUCCUAUGAAAAUGUCCACUUCCAGAAGAAUGUGAAAUGUAGAAAUCAAUCGGAACCUUCGUUCGAGGAGAUUCACAUACCCAGGGUGACGCCCCGAAAGAGAGUGACGGACUUCAAAGUAGGGGGACAGGUGAGCUCGAGUUACUCGAACGGACCUGGCUCCGUUUGCUCGAACAAGGAGGACGGUCCGUCCAGUUUGGGGACUGAGAACAGUCCUGGCAAGAAGACAACGAGAAGAAUGAACAGCAGAAGCGUCGCCAAUAUCCCUAGUUCCUCUGGUUCCGGGUUCAAGACUUGGCAAGGUAUUCAGGAUGCGGACGAAGGACUGAAUACCGACUCCGAACUCGAAGAUAUCGACGAAGCUGGCGAGGGUGAAGAGUCGAAAUUUUGCACCCUACCGAGGCCCGGGAAGGGUGGCGCGUCAUUCACGAUAUUGACUGCCAGGUUUUAUAAGGGUCCUGGGCAUAAAGGACUUGGUUUCAGUAUCGUUGGCGGCACGGACAGUCCACGCGGAAACAUGGGAAUCUAUGUGAAAACCGUUUUUCCAAAUGGUCAGGCCGCUGACCUUGGCACCGUCAAAGAAGGGGACGAAAUUUUAUCGAUAAAUUCGAAACCUCUUCACGGUAUGACGCAUGCCGAGGCGAUCGCCGAGUUCAAGUCAGUGAAAGCUGGGGACGUCGUUUUGCAUGUUGGGCGUCGCGUGAACAAAAAGAAAAGAGAUUCCUUGACUUUACCACCCGUGGUUCCUGUGCCGCGUCAACAAGUCAAGUGAACCGAACAACAGUAGUUUGAUCUCUUGGUUCCACAUUCGUGCAAAACCGUCACGUUUCCACUCCGUAUUCAGCCGUUAUCGAUCUUAGCCAACACACCAACACUUUCCACUUACACAACGACAAUAUCAUAUAUUAUAGUUUGCAGAUCGCUUCUCACCUGCGACUAAUAUCGUUUAUUAUUGCUGGCAAUAAUAAGAGCACGAAUGCGUCGGCUUUGCGCUCCAACAAGAAGCUGAUCGAUUUACCGUAUCGUACGGUCUCGAACGAUGCUUCUAAUUAACAAUCGUUUCGUUAGUACUUACGCGUGCAUUACAGAAUUUCGUGUGUUCCACGAAACUGAAAUCUGAAGAGAUACCGAGAUUGAUGGUUAUAUUUUGCGUUUUAGUCAUUUUUUUUUCACGUUUGUCAAACGACGGGACUAUAAAUAAGAAAUAUCGAUGGUAACUCGUCUCGAUGCCGACGCAAUACACAAUAUUCGAGCAUAGUGCAAGUUAAACAAUUUAACAUUUAAGUGGAAACCGAGAGAUAAAAAGUUACCGUUACACUAUCUAUCGAAUAAGAGACUUGGAUACUUGCGUUUCAGCGGCAUAGUCGAUCGCAAAAAUUCAAUUCUCGAACGUGAAAGAAUGUUUCAUGCGCGAUAGCUAUGAACAAACCAAAAUACUCUUAUAACGUUGUACCCGAUGUACCGGAUGUACCGAUACACAUAUGUAUAUACAUGUAGGGUUAAAUAAAUUGUUAGAAACUGUUUUUUUUUAGAAACCAAUUAAAUAGUCUAUACGAGCUAAUAUUUUCACGCUUAGCAAAUUAUUUUUCGACGACUGUUUCAACCACUGCUGCUGGAUCUUACAUUUAUCUUUUUUUAGAUUUAAUUAAACUUGGUUGGUUUUUGAGAAAACAAUUUCUAACACUUUAUUCGAACCAUAUGGUAUAUCGAUAAUUUUUAAUCAUUCUCGUAAUAAUCAAUCAUUGAAAUCACCAUUACUUGGAAGAGUUCCCUCAAAAUUUUACUUUUCGUAACUCUUUCUCGUGUUAUUUUUUCCGAAUUUACUCGCGUCUUUGACUAUCUUCGAUAAAAUCAAACUGCUUUGUAAGCGAUCCUGAUGUUGAAUCGAUCGACGAGAACAGGAGUAGAAACGAAUCGACGUCCUUUCAUUUAGUAACUAACAUACGAUCAUUUAUUUUUAUAAAAACGGAAUCGUUGCGAGAACUGGCGAAUCACGUGCGAUUUGCGACGGAUGUUGCUCGAGUCUCGGAAUAUAUCAAAUGCACGUGGGUGUAUCAACGAAUUACAUAUACUAUGUAUAUCGAUGCCUGUGACGAAACUGCAAUUUGAAUGGCCUGAUCAAACAGGACGCACGUAACAGGAUGCCCAAAGUUCUCCAUGUUGUCGCAAUUAAGAAUCAAAUUAUUUUUUAACUACGCAUAGUGUUAACGAUGAUUGCCCAAAGAUGAAGUCCAAAAAAUAUUUUUACUACAAGACAAAUGAAACGAACAGGAAGAAGAAGACGCAUAUCUAUAGAACUAUACAUAUACGUAUAUAUAUAUACAUAUACAUAUAUAUAUUUUGACCGAAUGAGCGGAACGCAUUUACUUUAAGGCGAGAAAUGUUAUUAGCAUCUAGUCCACCUACUUCGUUUCGAGGAAAUGUUUUCAAUCCUCUCGUUUUCUCAUUUUAUCCGAAAAAAAUGAGAAAAAAAAUGCACAUUGACACAGACACAGACUCAUACACACACACACACACACGCACGCACGCGCGCGCGCGCGCGCGGUGAUAUUGUAUAUACAUACAAUUAUAUAUUUCUUAUAUCGAAUUUUUAAGACGAUAUCAAAGUCAACGAAACCGGUCAAUUUAUCAAUAAUUAAUUAGACUUAAGAUGUCGCCUUUCCAACGAUAUUAAUCCUUAAUGACAUUUAUCGUUACUUUAAUGAGGGAAUUAAUACCAGAUGGAGAUUUUUUUUCAUUUUCGAGCCUCAAUGCAGACUCUGACAUUUACGUCCUCCGAACGGGGAACCAAAAUAGCGGACAAAGUUAAUGGCAACUUUCUGUGUCUUCCAAGGGUCAAUGCGAUGUUAAUUAAGUAAAAAAAAAAAGAAAAAAAAAGAAAAAAAAAAGUAACCGCUUCAGUGUCGAAAACGAUUAUAAGUAUGCGUGCGAAUAAUGGGAAACAGCGUGAUCUUUUCUCUUUCGUUUCGUACCAAGUGCGCCAAUGGAUUAUUGUUCGUCCGAUUUGCUAUUUUAUGGUUUACGUAGUAAUUGAUAGCCUUUGUAAGAGAAUCGUAGAGGUUAGUUUAUUGAAAUUAGAAAGCAGUCAGUUAUUUAUUUAUGGCAGCACAUGCUGACACUCUUGGUUAAUGAACGGAAGAAGCGAGAUCGCGCUACUUAGCAUUAGUACGGUUAUUCUUUUCGAAACGAACGCGCGUGGAUCGAUUUGCGAUUUGAUAAUGGUGCGCGUAUCCUUGGACAAAUGUGCAACAUUGAUAGAAAGAAGGACGGGACGAACAAAGCGACCGAAUCGUUUCUUGUUGAAUUUAUUAAUUUCUUUCUCGUUAGGAGGAUGUCGCAAUUACGGUUAGGAAAAUUGAUUUGUAAUUUGACCGCAGUGUUGUCAGCGAUCGAAGCGCAGAGAACGUGAUUAGGUUUUCUUGUUUGACUUGCUCGAUCAGAAAACGUUCGAAUCGAUCGUUCGAGAAGCGAGUUCAUUCUGUCCGAUGUUCCGAACAGUGAUACCGUGAUCGACAAAACUUGUGCAUGUAAUGUAUACCCAGGCACGAUUGGUAAUUUUGUUUGUCUGUCGAAAACGUUGAUAUUUCUAUCGCGAGUGUGUGAGCACAACUCGUCUAAUGCACACGAAUGGAAAUGUUAUUGUAUUUUCUACUUACUAUGCGGGGUCAGAAAGAAAUAAAUGGUUCGCAUAAUGAAAUCGAACGUGCGAAAUCACGUACCACAU